CGCGGAUCUCUCGCCCCGCUCGCAAGCAAAUAUGUGAAGGACAACUACGCGAACCGAUCAACUAAAGGCCCUCUUCUUCUGCCUCUUCAGAAACCGAUCAGAUCGAACAGAAAUAUAGAAACAACCAUUGCACCUCCGUCGACUGUGGAGUGCGUGAACGUAUUUCGAAGCGUGAGGGAAUUGCAUUGAGAAAGCUCAGAGAUGGCCGAUGAAGCACAAGCACCACCAGCUGAGGGCGCACCACCAGCCGAGGGCGAGGCGCCACCACCCGCCGAGGGGGCCGAGGGUGCCGUCGAGGGCGGAGAGCCCGCUCCUCCGGCAGAGCCCGCCGAACCCAUCAAGCACAGCUACACGCUCUUCUACUUCAACGUGAAGGCGUUGGCCGAGCCCCUGCGCUACCUGUUCGCCUACGGCAACCAGGAGUACGAGGAUGUCCGCGUCACCCGUGACGAGUGGCCAGCCCUGAAGCCAACCAUGCCCAUGGGCCAGAUGCCCGUCCUCGAGGUGGACGGCAAGCGUGUGCACCAGAGCAUCUCGAUGGCCCGUUUCCUGGCCAAGACCGUCGGCCUGUGCGGCGCCACUCCGUGGGAGGACCUGCAGAUCGACAUUGUGGUGGACACCAUCAAUGACUUCCGUCUAAAAAUUGCAGUCGUCUCGUACGAGCCGGAGGACGAGAUCAAGGAGAAGAAGUUGGUCACCCUGAAUGCGGAGGUCAUUCCAUUCUACCUGGAGAAGCUCGAGCAGACCGUCAAGGACAACGACGGCCAUCUGGCUCUGGGCAAGCUGACCUGGGCCGACGUCUACUUCGCAGGCAUCACCGACUACAUGAACUACAUGGUCAAGCGCGAUCUGCUGGAACCCUACCCAGCCCUGCGCGGUGUCGUGGAUGCCAUCAACGCUUUGGAACCGAUCAAGGCCUGGAUCGAGAAGCGCCCCGUCACCGAGGUCUAAGUGCCCCGAACUGGAAUUGGGAGGAGGGAAACCAUUGCACACCACUCAGACACAACUGCAGAAAUGCACACACCACCCACAUCCGUACACAUUUUGUUCCUUUUUGCGGAGGAUCCGGGUCCGAGGAGCGGCGGACUUUCGCACGGGGUCUUAGACGCGUAGGAGUUUAGCACGUAUCACUAUGAACAAAUCGUAUUUGUUUUUACUUUCUUGGUUAUAAUUCUCUUUGCAUGGCGCUAUAUACAUAUUUCUAUUGGGAUCCGCUGCGGAUCGCCGUUCGUUAGCUUCUUCUGAAAUGAUGAAAGAUACAUAAUACUUAUUGCACAGUUUAUAAUAUUUUGGCCUACGUUUAGAACAUACAUUUAGCGCACCUAUGCAGACGCUUACUGUAACUAUGUUUAUAAAUACAAAAUCUACGAGUGGUUCAUCUUUUAGACGUAUUCUAUUAUAAUUAAUUCACUGCGAAAAGCUCAACACAUAUUUAAACAAAUACAGCGAAGGCUGAGCAUCAAUUACAAAUUUUAUUUAUUUUUUUUUUGUGUUUUUAACAACACGUUAUCGCGGCCCCAGGAACUUUCUUCGUCUCAUCCAGUUCCCUAUAAAGUAAAUCUUAAAAAAGACUCACAUCAAUAGAACCGGACUCCUUGAAAAUUAACCAAAAUCAAACGAUAUGGAAAAUCUAUAAUAGGAACAGACUUUAACUGCCAAAUUCAAAUGCACGCAAUCACUUACAUCAACUUAUACAUUUUAUUUAUUCAAAUUUGUAAUGGUAUUUUUUAAAUAUUUUCACAAAACACUUUUAAAUAAACUAAACACCUAAAAAGGAAUGAGCACUUUUCGAAAGCA